AUGGAAGAAAUGAGUAUGCGUGCCACCCAGAUGCAGAAGCCUAUAAAGACUGAGUGGAAUUCUCGGUGUGUCCUUUUCACCUAUUUUCAAGGGGACAUCAGCAGCGUAGUGGAUGAACACUUCUCCAGAGCUCUGAGCAAUGUCAAGAGCCCCCAGGAAUUGAGCCCCUUGAGCCAGAAUGGAGAUGUGAUCCUGAAGAAUGAUAGUGACAUGCCUCCAAAUCAUUGGCGUUUCUCUUCUCAGUGGACAAAGCCACAACCAGAAGUAUCUUUUGCAAAUGGCACUGUCAACUGCAUCACAAAUGGGUUUGGUCCCAUGGCUAUGGAUCAGUACCCACUGCCCCUGACUGGGAGUCCCUCUGUUCAGUCUGGUGAGCUGUGGCAUUUCUCCUCCCUAACGAGCCAAGGCUCUCCAGAGCCAGAAUACCCUCAUGCCUUCUCUGCUGGACACCUGGCUCCAGAGGUCCAGCCUAAUGGGAAAUAUGAGUCCCUCCUAAAUUUCCUCCAGCAAGAGAGAUGUGUAGCCUAUCCUCAGCAAUCUGCCAUGUGGGAGAAUUGCAACUCCGCCCAGGCAGCCAGAAGCACGGGAUUGCCCUUCAACCUGCCUUCCAGCUCAGUCCACUGUAAGAAAUAUUUCCGCCCAGAUCGUGGAUCUGCCAGUGCCAGCCUUGCCAAUGCCAAAAGCCAGUCUCCAGAGAGAAGAAAAGAUUUGUUCUUUUACUGA